GCUGCUGUAGUAGAAAUACCAGCUUCUGCCGUUUACUUUUACCUUCAAAAAUUCAUUGGUAGGCGAUAUACACUGAUCGUUUCUAUGGCAGGAAGCGGUCUGAUGUAUCUUUUAGCAAUUGCAGUGCAAUCAGGUUAUCCAAUCAUUCUAAUUGCUUUUACUGUAAUAUCCAGAUUUUGUACAACGAUUUCAUUAAGUUCCUUGAAUUUAUUUGCAACGGAGACUUAUCCUACUGUUGUACGCAAUGUUGGAAUAGGAUUACUUUCAAUGAUGGGAAGAGUAGGUGCUCUGGCAGCUCCAUUUAUGAGAGAAGCAGCCAACAAUGUUCAUAUUUCAUUUCCUCUUGCGUUGUUUGGAACACUUUCUCUUAUUUGUUGUGUUUUGACCUUACUUUUACCGGAAACUAAAGAUUCACGGUUGGCUGAUAUGUUAUCACAAGUAGAAGAUAGAAAAAGAAAUGGUCUUCUUGUGCAUGGAAUGAAAGCUGAAAAUGAAGAAGAAGAAGAAGGAAAUUAAGCAUCAAAUUAUUUAACUUGAAUAUACAAUAGAUAUUACUACGGUUAGAAAAUAUA